UCGUGCCCGUGCCUUCGUUCCUGUUCAUUCCUGUUUGUUCCUGUUCGUUCCCGAGUUCGUGACCAAUUGUGACCAAUGUUCGGUCGAAUUCACUUGUGGACGUCGGUAUCUGUCAGUAUCCAUGCGCGAAUAUCGCGAGUGGAGCAAAGAACGACUCGAUGAGUAACGAGCGAUGACGCGUUCGUCGAAAGAUCCGUCGGAGUUUCGGAAUCGAGACGAGGAAACGCUAACCUAACCUAAGUGGCACGCGCACGAUGAACCCUUCGGUGCGCAUUCGACUCGGUAUGACCGAGCCCGGCAUCGGACGACGGUGGACGGAGCGGAUUGCGAGGCAGGGCAGAAGAAGACUCAAAUGGACCGCGGCUUAAGGAUAAAGCGACGACUCCGACGAGUAGCAGGCCUGCCGUGAUGUUAUAUAAAUGAUUUGACCGCGCAUCACCGAGGUACUGGUUGACAGAGACGCUUCUCGACCUGGGACAUCGCGAUACUCGUCAUCAUGUACCAGUUCCUGCAUCUACGCAGUCGCCUCCUGCAGACUCUCAUCCUUGGCCUCGUCGUUCUCACCUUCUAUGCUUACUACCGCACCACUGUCUAUGAGCUUCGACCCUUGGUUUCGACUUGGAAUGCUAGUCGUCUUCUGGUCCUAGAAUCGCUCCACCCAACUUCGAAUAUUAGCGGAGACUCUCAAGUAACGAUAAUAUUAAGAAAUUUAACGUUAGAAAGCAACGGCCUAAACGUCAGCAUGGUACAUAACGUUAGUAACGCUUCGUUUGUCACGACUUUGAAUUCUCAACCGGUAUCUUUGACUGCCAAUGCGUCGAACGAAUCCAAAUCUAACGUCGAUCGAUUUAUCAAACAAUUGGCAAGAACGGUCGAUACUACCAAGAAUAUGGUAAAUACGAGCAAAGAUACGGCACGUGCGAUAUAUGAAUUUGGACACUCCGUAUCGGUACCGGAAAGAUGUCCCGAAUACGGCAAGGGCAUGGAACUGAUCGUAGUGAUCAUGUCGGCCCCGAGUCACGUAGAAGCUAGGACUGCCAUCAGACAGACCUGGGGGCACUUUGGACAAAGAAAAGACGUCGGUAUCCUCUUCAUGUUGGGCGUGACAAUGGACGCGAAGCUAGAAAGAGUACUGGAACAAGAGCAGAACAUGUUCGCGGAUGUGAUACGUGGUCGGUUCUUCGAUUCCUACUCCAAUUUAACUCUUAAAACCAUUUCGACCCUGGAGUGGGUCGACGGUUACUGUCCCAGGGCAAAGUACCUUCUGAAGACGGAUGAUGACAUGUUUAUAAACGUGCCACGAUUACUUUCGUUCGUUAAUAAGCACGCAAAGGACAAAAACGUCAUCUUUGGGAGACUGGCAAAAAAGUGGAAACCCAUAAGAAAUAAGAGAAGCAAGUAUUACGUGUCGCAAGCGCAGUUCAAGCCGCCGGUGUUUCCUGACUUCACGACGGGACCGGCGUACCUGCUUUCGAGGGACGUCGUUCACAAACUUUACGACGCGGCUCUCGACCAGACCUACCUCAAACUCGAGGACGUCUUUACGACGGGCAUAGUGGCUCACAAACUCGGUAUCAAACGCGCCCAUGCCAAUGAGUUUCUUAACAAAAGAAUCUCCUACAGUCCCUGUAACGUGCAGCGAGGCAUCAGCAUACACAUGGUCAAAUACAGCGAGCAGUUUGAACUCUGGAAAAAGUUACUCGACGGCAAAACCAAGUGCAAGUGAUAAGAACGUUCCUCUUGCUCUCUAUCGUGUACCUCACCGCAAUUGUCGCUCUCUACGGGCGUGCUCACGGCUCAAAUCCGUACACUUAUCGUUGGCGAUAUACGUACUUAACCUUUUGCACUCCGCGCCAUCCCAUUUAGACUUAAAAUGUCCCCUCAGAGGGGGCAGCGGAGUGCAAAGGGUUAAUAUGCUCUAGUGAUGUAAGUAGGGGAUGAGUGGAAUCCGUGCGAGGGUCGCUCCGAAGAAAGCCCGCUCUAGUUGGAAGAACGUUUCAAACGUGAUUCAAAAUCUCGCGCAUCUGAAAAGUUGCACAUAACCUUACGAUUAUUUCACGCGAUUUUUCUAUCCGUUUCCCAUUUUCGUAACGUUUGCCUCCGUAGGGGACAUUUUAAUAGGAUUCGGGGAACCGUGGGGAAUUUUUAAAUUUAACUACUUCCAAAACUAGACACGGAACAUGUCUCUUUGAGCGUUCGACUAUCUUCGGCCCGACGUAUGGACCUCCGAAAGUGAACUUCCACGAUAUCAAAUUUCCUCGAAUAUCUUGCGAACUAUACUCCUGUAAAGUAUAUUUUGCGUUUAAACUAUUUUUGAUACGUGUAGUAGUAGCAGCAAGAGAUAUCCGUGCAAAUAUGAGAACGCGGAAUUUCAUGAAAAGGAAGGUUUCUCCUAUUUUUAAGACGACGUUUCGGGCCGACAGUAACUUUGGGGAACACUCGUCUUCGAGCUCUCUAUCGAUUGAGAUUUUCCUAAGGCUCCCAAUGGCCGCAAGCGAGGACCAUCGUCGGGGGCCUCUCUCCCUGUCGGUCAGUAUUCUAUGCAGCUCAAAGUCGUUGACAACGGUCACUCCUUUACCCUCGGUCCCAAGGGUCCGAACGCAACGAAUACCUCGCUAUUUUCCGAAGGAAAUCUCAGCCGAGAAUAUUUCGCAACGGAUCGCCGACGUUCGAACGAGCGUCGGGAGAAUUUGCUCCGUUCAAUUCGAUCAUUUUUAUCGAAUUUUUAUUCCAUGACUUCGUAUAACCGUAUCUCGUAUUUAACAGGUGUUUACGCGUCUUCUGUGCGCGGUCGUCCUUACCCGUUGUUCGCGUGGCUCGCGAGACGAGCGACCCGACCCGACUCGACUUCGAUUUCCUUAAGGCGACGAUCUCUGGAGAAUUUCAGGCAUUUUUUUAGCGCGGCCACGCAGGGCCCGAGUUCUCGCUUUCUUUCGAUCGUCCGAUAAUACUCGUCGCGAUUUUGGCAGUCAAGAUUAAACGCAACGUUGGAUGAAAAUCCGUUUCGCGAUUAAAGUAAUCGCGCGUUUGGCACCUUGAGCUAAAUCCGGUCUCCGCUGUAUCGAGCGACAUUUGCGUUUGGGAAAACUUUUGCCCUUGGCAUCCACGUUCCAGAAUUUUCUAGUCAAUACAUUGACAAUAAGGCGAUUGCAUUCCUUGGGUUUCCUCUCUUUCGGGAUAACGCACGUCCGCGCCAACGGGCGAGAAAUCUCGGUCGUGGUCGAAUCGCUCUCGCUUUUCUCGCGACGAUCGCCCUCGGUGGAGGCGCGUAACGUCUCUCCAUGCCGUAAUGCUUCUACGUUGCCGGCGUAGGUUACGAUAUAGGUAACCUACGCCGGCCUACCUACUUUCUACGCGGCGUCGUCGUCGUCGCUCGAGCGAAUUAAGUCAUUUACGUGUCAUUUCGUAUAAUGUAAAAAAAGAUAUGAAAAUUAAGUGAAUCGCAUUACCCGCGUAGAAAACCGAAUGACGAAAAUCCCGUCGAGACGACCCGCUCCGAGCAUGUUUCGGAGGGCGAUGUUCCGGAAGUUUGAAAUAUUUCACCUACGAUCCGUUGUAUCACCGCGUAUCCGUUUGCCGGCGAAACCACCGAUUUCCCGGAAUUUUUAUACCACGUUGGACGAUGUCCCGAUAUUUAAAGAAAUCCGAAGCUCUCUCCGUUUCAAGGAUCCCGCUUCCCAGGCGAAUCUCGACGGUCGUGCUCGUUUCGGCGUCCUUGGCGUCGUUAAAAAAAGGCGCGGGAAUAUCCCCUCGGGUGCGAACUCGAGCGCAACGAGUGCGUGCGCAUUUUCGUCCAGGUCCAGUCCAGGCCAGGAGCAAACGCGAACGUUCCUGUAAAUAUUUUCGAUCUUGUGCGUACGCAUAAGCGGGCAUUAGAUAGGUAGGCCACCCGUGUCAUAGUUCGCCCAAUUUAUUUAAUAUUUAUGUAUCAGACCCCGCGAGGGUGCAUUUUAUUUUUUUGCUCGCAAAGCGCGAACGUUAUCAAUUUGUUUCUCCUCUGUUUGUUAGGUCGCGAUUUCGAUCUAAAACCGACUCACUUCCCGAAGGGUAUGGAUCCUUGAGAGGGCAGGAAGCGGGAAUCCUCGAACCUAGUGUACGAAAGAUCGGUGUGAAUAAAAUCGAUGCGAGUUGUCUCUCCAAA